CAGGUUCGUUCUGUCGCUGACCUCAGCCAACCUGCUGUCGACGGUUGUGGUGGUUCCUGUCCAGGCUCUGAGGGUAGGCGGCCUCACGCCCUUGCUGACCACGGCUGCUGAAGGAGACGUCAGCGAGGAGGACUUCUGGUGGUGUCAGGCCUCGCAGGCGCUCAUGGCCCUGGCGGUGGAGGCGGCCAUCUUCUCCGUCCUGCUCAUCGCUGUGGACAGGCACUGCGCGGUCACCUCGCCCCUGCAUUACUCGAUGACCAUCACCCGUGGGCGGAGUGUGAGGCUGAUUCUGGGCGUGUGGUCUCUCGCCGCCCUCUACGCCCUGCCGCAGCUACUGACGUACACCCACGCCUACUCACACCCUGCGUCGCGGCUCUCCGUCUGUCCCUCGGGUAAGAACGUGAUGUCCGGCGUCCCCGUCGACUUCAACAGAUACUACGCCGUGCUGCUGGGGCUGUGCGGGUUCCUGGUGCCGCUGUUCGUGCUGUGCUGGAUCUACUCGCAGAUGUACCUGGCGGCGCAGCGCAACUCGGCCCGCACGCGCCGCCACAGCCUCGGCCAGAACCCGGCGGAGAUCAUCAUCCCCGACUGCCCCUCCACGCCCGACUCCGGGAACCACAACUCCGUGCGCUGCAAGACCCGCGUCCACCGCCGCCGCUCCUCCAACACCAGCUUCUCGUCCCUGUUCUUCCGAGAGGAGGGGCGCGCGGUGAAGACGGCGGUCAUCGUCAUAGCCUCUUUCGUCGCCUCCUGGAUGCCGUACUAUCUCCUCAAGAUCUGCGAGGCUUUCGGCCUGUCGCAGCACAUCCCGUACGUCAAUGAGAUCGUCACGUACGUGGCGCUGUCGUCGUCCUGCACGAUGCCGUUCAUCUACGUGUAUCGCAACGAGACGGCCAGCAAGGAGGCGCUGAAGAUCGUGUGCUGGUGGCGCCCCCCGAGCCCGGCCACUCCUUCCUUCUCGCGGUCUUCCCUUCACCCCAAGAUGGGCAACGGGCACGCGCCGACGCCCGUCAGGAUCAUCGAGCCCGACACGGCAUCCCUCUACAGCUACGCCACCGAGUGCGGCGCCUGCGGCCACAACCAGCUGGUGUGUUCUCUCCGCAAUGGGCGUCCCGUCACUUCGCCUCUGCCGCCCGCGGAACAGCGGAGGAACAGCAGCCCCCGGAGGGAGAGCACGGUGUCCUUCAAGCUGACGCACAUGGACAGGCCUCCGUCGCGUUGCCGGCAGUGCCUCCGCCAAGACUCCGCCUCGUCGGCCUCAUCCGACGACCCGUUGCUGAGCGAGUGCUACCGCCACCCGCGCCUCUCGAACCCGUCGGUCCGGUGGACGCGCCCUAGGAUGUCCAACGGGUCCGUGACCACAAGGAGCGACUCCCUGGCCUCGACCAACUCGUCCGUCUUGAGCGCAGGGAUCCAGCGGUGGCCCAUGAGGCGCUACUCCACCGUGUCCACCGACAGCGGGGGCACCAUCACCCGCCGCAGCGCCCACGAGGACCUGGACGAGGAGGCCCUUCCACACCGGCUGCACCCCGGCGGCCAGCACUCGCUGUUCCUGGAGAGCGAGGAGGACAGCUACGACGCCUCGGGCACCCAGCCGGAGAUCCACGGCUACGCCAACCCGUUCCGGCACCCCCGCCUCAGCCGCCAGCAGGAGUCGGUGGGCGGGUCUUCGGUCCGCUUCAUCUGGGAGAUCGAGGAGGGCGACGGCCACGACGACGAGGCCAACGAGGCGGAGCCGUCGGCGCUGCCCGUCAGGUGACCCAUCGCGAGGUCCCCGUCGCUCAUGAACCUUGCCCGAGUCUGUCACGGGGACGAUUCCGACGACUCCGCGGGGAAGCCCAACGCGUGGAGGCUCUCCGUGUAACGCGUCUGUGUGUAGGUAGCCGCGAAGGAAACAUACGGAAUGAAUAUUUGUUUCUUAUAUCAAUUAAUAGAGGACUUUAUUAUCUGUCAAUAUAUUGUCUAGAGAAUAAUUAUAAAAAAAAUAAACUCUAUGUGUGUACGCCGUAAGCUUCAAACAUUUUACUCGACUUUAAAGUGUGCGGGAAAACGUGUAUUUUCUGCAGUCAGUAACACCUACAAGCCAAAGUCAUCAGUUUCUCAGAGUGAUUAACCAUCAGCUUGAAGAAUCCCAUAGAUCUUUUACUAUAACCUAAGACACUGUAUUCCGUGUCCUUGAAUUAACAACAAUAAUUAUUUUCCUAGCUAUGAUGUAAAAGAUCAAACUUUCCUGCAUUUGCGCUUUUUUGUAAAUACUAGAAUUUUUUAUGUCUGUCUGUGGAUAAAUACGGAGAAAAAUAAUCCGCAAAUGUAGUUCGGUACAGCAUAUUGUUGGCAACAGGUUAAAUCUUACGCAUACAUAUCACAUAAGGAGACGAAGAACUAGAAUAGACAGAGGUAAAUGAAAAUCGUAAAAUCCAACGUUCAGAAAAAAAAAACAUAUUCUCUCUGAGACGGAAUGAUCUUACAAAUAUUGAUUAUAGUUUUUUCCGCUAUUCUUGGUAGGAAAAGGUCUUAAUUGGCUGGAUUUUUGCCGUGUGAUAAAAUUCAUAUGUGAAAUGUACAUCAGUUCAUGCCUUUUUCAUUACGAAUGAUAGGGUUUUGUGAUCUAUAGAUAAAAGGACUAUUUCAGUCAUGUGACGAAUAGACAUAGGAUUGUUAUAUAUCUACUAUGAUCUUAUAAAAGACAACAAACUACCUUUUGGAUAAAAAAAAGUAAUAAGAAUGAGUAUACAGUAUACAAACUGCACAUAAGCACUGGAUGUUGCAACAAUGGUAGAUGCAGUGGAGAUACAUCAAAUGAUCAUUCACUCUGAAACAGAUCAUGAAGCAUUUCAGACAUACUGCAGCCUACCCCUAGAAGUCGAUGUAAAACCUGACUAAAUAUGAAGCCAUGUCGACGGAGAUUCUUGUCGAUUAUAAGACCCCAGUGGUUCCCUCAGGAGAAGAUCGCGGUUCCUGGACGUCAGGAGAGCUCAUUCACAAAAGCUCUCUAAGAUGAAGAGAACGGUUCGAAAAGAGCACGCCUUGAACGUCAGAGCUCUUCCAAGACGGUUUUCUGGGGCGGAGAGCCGGUUUUGAGAUUCAGGUGAGCUCUUUCUCGGCGGUUCUUGAAGGCGAAGGGAGCGGUUCGAAGACAGCGCUGGGAGAACUCUUUCCCAUUGGUUCUCAUGAGGAAAGAGGGCGGUUCUUGGACCAUAAGGAGAACUCCAUCCGUGAAUAACAAGUGAAUAACACGGCUACGUCUCUGCCUACCACGAACAACCAUUAUUAGAGGGAACAGGAAAAGGGCUUUUCCCGCCAUUCGAGUGCUAACAAGAGGACCAGCGCAACAGUAGUGACUGGCGACGGACUAUGAUAUUAGCUGUAUAUUCGCUUUCUUACGCGAGAAAUUAUUCAGGUGUACCUUUUAAUUGUACGAGGUUGGUGUAUCUGCUGAGCUGCACAAGAAAUCACUGUAUAAUGAAUUCUGCUGCACGAUUUAUUGCUGUGCGUACGUGUGAUUGUAAAUGUAAAUAAAUAUGAUGGCGACUGUAAAGCAAGCCUUAUCUCAGCUACUUUGUGCGAAGGAAGAAACAUAGCAUUGGUCUACGAUGACUCUAUGAGUACGUCGCAAAUAAAUGGAUGUGAGAAGUUUGAUAAGGAAUACAGUUAUAUCACCGUUCAAAAGGAGAAAAAAAGAAAAUAUGACGCAAACAUAAGAAUUAUAAUCCAAACCAAGGUGCAUUUCACUGUAUUACACUGGAGGACACAGACCCCUAACCCCACACCCAAAUAAUUAUCCUAGAAAAACUCUAAAAUUAAGCUCACCAAAAUAUUAGCAAAAGUCCCCAGUACUUC